AUGUCCAAGACGCCCCUCCUAAUCCGCUCUUCACCGGCGUUGGGCACUGGAUCAUACGGUGCUGUCCCUAUCCAUGCGCAGCCUUCUCCGAGUUCAGAGGACGAUGAUCCCUUCUGGCAGGAUCAUUACAGUCACGACGACGACAAUGGCUUGAGACCGGUGCAGAGCAUGCCUAAUGAGCGCGGUAACCGCUCGAAUCCACGCGUACGAGCCACAGCCUCCAACUGGCGUCGACGUAGGUCGUCCAUUACCAGCGAGGUGACAAUGGGCCCUGAUGCGAAGACCUCAUUUGGGGUUGUGCCUCCAUUACACGAAGACAAGGCUGAGUCGUCCAACGCAAGCCAGAGGACAAGAGGCGAGUCAUCUGAGGAUGACUGGAACGAAGAGAAUCCACCAGACAACUCGCAGUAUGCCGAGGUGAGAGCAUCCGUCGCGCCUACAGACAACACCACAGUAUCAAUUAAUACUCCUCGUAUGUGGAUCUUGUCCAUGAUGUUUGCUGUGGCCGGCUCUGCCACAAAUCUGUUCUUCUCAUUGCGCUAUCCGAGCGUGGCCAUAACUCCAGUCAUCGCGCUCGUCCUUGUACAUCCCAUUGGCAAGCUAUGGGACUUGUCACUGAAACGGAAAAGCGACCCUGUCGCUACAUUCGUUGAUGGCGAUGUUCAGGAUCCUCCCUUGGCAGAUACGGGCCUGCCGCUCCGUACUCGCCUUCGCCUUUGGCUGGCCCAGGGACGAUGGAACGAGAAGGAACACGCUUGUGUUUAUAUCAGCAGCAAUGUGUCAUUUGGCUUUGCCUUUGCCACCGAUGUCGUUGUUGAGCAACACAAAUUCUACAAACAAGAAGUUCCGAUAAUGUAUCAGAUCCUGCUGACCGUCUCGACCCAGGUGUUGGGCUACGCUUUUGCCGGCCUUACUCGUCGUUUUCUUGUACGACCAGCCUCAAUGAUCUGGCCCGGCACCUUGAUGUCAACGGCCAUGUUUUCUACGAUGCACAAGAAUGAGAACAAAGUGGCCAAUGGCUGGACCAUGUCGCGAUACCGCUUCUUCGUUUACAUAUGGGCGGCAGCUUGCGCCUGGUAUUUCUUGCCAGGUUUAUUUAUGCCUGCGUUGAGCUACUUCAAUGUCAUCACUUGGUUUGCGCCCGAUAAUCGAGUGGUCUCGACACUGUUUGGCGUGUCAACUGGCUUGGGCAUGUUCCCACUGACGUUUGACUGGGCCCAGAUCGCUUAUAUCGGAUCGCCGCUCCUGACGCCUUGGUGGGCUGCCUUGAACGUUGUAGCCGGCCUGGUUAUCGUUAUGUGGGUAAUGGCACCUCUGCUCUAUUACGCAAAUGUCAUGUACUCUGCAUACAUGCCGAUCCUGACAUCGAUUGUAUACGACAAUCGAGGUAAGCGCUACGACGUUAGCCGAAUUUUGACACCAGAAUUCAUCUUCGACAAAGAAGCGUACGACAACUAUUCCAGAGUGUACCUCCCCAUCACCUACGUUCUCUCGUAUGGUGUGCAAUUUGCAGCACUUGCCGCUUUGGUCUCCCAUACCACUUGCUGGCACGGCAAAGAUAUCAUGCGGCAGUCGAGAGAAGCCUUCAACGAGCGCGAAGAGAAACGGGACACGGCUGGUUACGCGCCAGUACCGCAGCCGGUUUACAACGCCAAUCGAUGUGCCUCUGCACGAAAGUCCGGGUUUGAUGUGCAUAAUCGACUCAUGGCGCGGUACCCGGACGUGCCAAUGACAUGGUACUUGAUCACAUUCGUGGUCAUGCUUGCUGUGGGCAUGUUCGUGGUCGAGUAUUAUCCAGUCUACCUUCCAUGGUACGGCCUCAUCUUAGCGGUGUCCAUCACUGCAGUCCUCUUCAUUCCGGUUGGAAUUGUCAUGGCCAUCACCAAUCAGCAUUCGUCUUUAUACCUGAUCUGCCAGCUCAUCUGUGGUGUUGUCUUUCCUGGUCGUCCUGUCGCCAACAUGGUGUUUGUCACCUAUUGCUACAUCUCAUCGGCACAAGGCAUCAAGUUCUCCAGCGACAUGAAGCUUGGUCACUACAUGAAGAUCCCGCCGAAGUUGCUAUUCAAAGUGCAGAUGGUGGCUACAUUGGUCUCGUCGAUGGUCCAGAUUGGCGUAUUGAAUUGGAUGUUCAUCAAUAUCCCCCAUUUCUGCACGCCUCAGGCGAUAAAUGGCUUCAAUUGUCCGAUCGCUCGGGUGCACUUCAACGGCAGUAUCCUGUGGGGAGUGGUUGGUCCACAACGUUUCUUCGGACCCGGUGCGCUGUACAGACCACUUGUUUGGGCUUUCCUGGUAGGGUUUCUCGCGCCCAUAGGCGUAUGGCUGAUUGGCCGCAAGACUCAUAAGAAGUCGGUGUGGCGAAAGAUCAACCUACCGGUCCUCUUCGGCAGCUUGUCUUGGAUCCCGCCGGCCACGGGCCUCAAUUUCAGUAUUUGGGCGGUGGUCUGCUUCAUUUUCAAUAGUGUUGUCCGACGAAGGGCACCCGCUUGGUGGAGCAAGUAUACUAUGACGAUGAGUGCGGCCUUGGACAGCGGGCUUGCUUUCGGGCUUGUCGUUGUCUUCUUUGGCUUUCUGUAUCCUGGCUGGGGCUGGGUCCAGAACUUGAAAUGGUGGGGCACCGAAAUAUACAAGCAAGGCUGCGACUGGCAAGCAUGCUCUUAUCUGCAACUGAAGCCCGGAGAGACUUUUGGGCCAUGA